GAAAAACGAUGAUAUACAUUAAGAGUACAUGAUCUAGUUUUCGACGAUCGCGAACUAUUUUAUAAAUAAAUUGAAAUUAAAAUCCUUUUUACUUCUAUGAAUAUUUAUACUUUUAGAGAAAAUUUGCAAAUGCAUUUAGAAUUUUUAAAUCUCUUGCCAUACGCAUUGGCAGUCCUAAUGCUGCCUACGGGUAACGCCAUCUUUUCUCCGAAUGCAGCACUAUACGAUUCACUUGCCCGGUGUAUAAACUGAUAUACAACUUGACGCAAGGCAAGCUCGUCCGCGUGUAAAUCGUGUGCAUGUGCAUCGCCGGAAUUCCAGCCUUACGAAUAUUGACGAUUGUUUGGAAAUAAUUAAGUAACAACUCUAGAUAAUAAAUUAAAUGAUUCGUUUAGGUCGACCUCAAGAUUUAAUUAGUACCUUUUGUUCGAUUUGUACCAGAUUUACAAGAACAGUAGUUACUCAACCAAACAUCAUGUCCGAAAACAAGGUAAUUGACACGAAUCAACAAGAAAAACGGCCUCUUGAAGAAGAAACAGAACAUGAUGCAAAAAAAAUUAAAACAGACACAUUUGUGCGCAUAAAAAAAAGAAAUUUUGCCAUGAUGUUAGGAUAUCUUGGUAAAAAUUAUUUUGGUAUGCAAAGAAAUCCAGGCAUGGCUACAAUAGAGGAAGAAUUAAUUAGUGCAAUGUUGAAAGCUAAGUUAAUCAACUCAGGUGACUUUGAAACUAUUCAAAAUAUUAAUUUUCAACGUGCAGCUAGGACAGACAAAGGUGUAUCAGCUGUCAGACAAACAGUUUCUUUAAAACUACCUGAAAAUCCUUGUAAGGAUACUCUAAAUACAUAUCUACCAGACGAUAUCAGGGUAUUUGCCAUUAAACGUGUUACAAAGGGAUUCAAUAGCAAGUCUCAAUGUGAUGCUAGAACCUAUUCUUACACCAUACCAACUUUUGCAUUUGCAGAUGAAAAUAUGGAAGAAUUUGCAGAGACUGCGGAAUUCGUAGAUGUAGAUAAAAGAAUGGAACAAUUAUCAACUAUAGAUGGUAAACCAUACCAUGAAUAUAGAUUGCCUAAAGAAAAAUUAGAAGAGUUAAGAGAAAUGUUGAAGUUAUAUGAAGGAACUCAUAAUUUUCAUAAUUUCACAUCUAAAGUGUUACCUUUAGAUCCAAGAGCCAAACGUUUUAUAAUGAGCUUCACAACAGAAGAUCCAUUUGUUGUUGAUAAUAUGGAAUUUAUUACUCUAAAAGUUAAAGGUCAAAGUUUUAUGCUGCAUCAAAUAAGAAAAAUGGUUGCUAUGAGUAUUGGACUUUUAAGGAAACAUAUUAAUAGAGAAAUAUUUGAUCAAGCAUUUGAACGAAGAAAAUAUGAUAUUUCAAGGGCUCCGAGUCUAGGAUUAAUGUUGAAUAUUGUUCAUUAUGAUUACUAUAAUAAAAAAUAUGGAUCUGAUGGAGUACAUGAAAAACUUGAUUGGCUGGAAUGUGAAGAAGAAAUCAGAGAAUUUGAAAAAACAAAGAUAUUAAAAGAUGUUUUUGAUACAGAAAUUAAAGAAAAAGCCACACUUAAUUGGUUAGCUAAUUUGAAUGUGAAUUCGUUUGGGCCAAGAGAUGAAGCCAAAUGGGCAGCCAGAGACGAAGCAAGAGCUAAAGCUGAAGCUGAAGCUAAAACUGAAACUGAAGCUAAAGCUGAAGCUGAACCUGAAGCUCAAGCUGCAGUUGAAAAAGACGAUAAAUAAGUUGAAAUUUUUAUAAAUAUAUGACUGCACUGUAAGGUUGUAUUUUAUAAGACUCGUAUUUUUUUACGAAAUGAACAAUUGUACAUUUUUACUAUUAAUAAAUACUGUGUUUACACAAAUGUCAAAUAUAGCUUGCUAGCACUUGACCAUUAUUAUGUUGACGACGACAUUCUAUUAUUCUUUUACGUAAUAAUUGUAAAUACCUUGUAUAAAUUCGAUUGAUGAUUCGAAAUAAUUCUUAAAAGUUAAAGUUAGAACCUUUAUGAAUAACUUUAGUUAUCAAUUGAUAAUACUGAUUAAUUGUAUUAUGCCAAGUACCAAAAGAAAAAGUUU